CAAUAGCGAACAUCGACCUGGUUUUUCGCAUCAAAAACCCUAUUAUUUACAAUUGAAUUCAGUUGGAAGAGUGAGAGCUGAUUCUUUUAAAAAAUACGCUCUGAUUACUGCUUACAAAGGCGACACCAGAUUGACACCGACGAGCGACUAGUCGGAGGUGGCUUAAGAAGUUUUUUUGAAACGAUUUCGGUCAUUUCGUGCGAUGUACUUACAAAGGUGGAUGCUGUUUUUGUGGGCGCUAAGUGGUACGGAUUUUGUGCAGGGUAUUUUGGCUGAUGAUGAUACUACUACACUGGACGAUAUAGCCGAAGAAAGACCUACGAGACCAAACGACAAAUAUUCCAGUCAAACCUUUUCAUAUUUAGAAGAAGGUUCAAACAUAAAUAAUAACAUCUACCAAGAAGAAAGAGAACGAUUUAACCACAGGUGUUCGGAAAGGUUAGAAAACGCCUUGGAUCAAGUCAGAAGAAGGCAGAUAUCUAGAAGAAAAACCCUUCCUCUAGACGGAUAUUCGCUUCAUCAGCAAUUGAGAAGCGCCCCUUUCGACAUGUAUGUAACAAAUAUGAAGAUUAGACUGCCUUCUAAUGGCGGAUGGGUUAGAGUAGAGAAAUGUAGAUUUAAUCCAAGGAAUUCAAGUCUGGAAACAAGACUGCUUUUUAAUGAUCUCACCAUUAUGGGGAAAGUAAAUCUAUUUAACGGUGCUGACCUUCAAAGAGAACCUAUUGAUCCUCUACCAGAAGAUACUUGUAAUAUGAUUUUGAGAUUACGGAAAGCUGGCAUUGGAUUUCACACGGAACCAAUUCGAAGAGAACAAGGCCACUUUAAUGUCAAGACGAAUUCUCAUUUUGUAGAACCAGGGUUCAUCUCGGUGUACGCAUAUGGUUGCGAACCCAGACUGAAAAGAGAAUUCCGACAAGAAGAUGAAGAGCAAGAUGAUGGACUGUCUAGGGAAAUGGAAGACAUUUUUUUGAAAGGUAUAAGAUCGCUGUUAACUACAUAUAUGCAAAAGGAACUCCAACCAGCCAUAAAGGAAACUUUGAUGAGAAAUAUGGGUUAUACAGUAUCAUAUGGUUAGCGAUAUAUUUUAUUGAAAAUAUCACGGUUGUUUUCAUCUAUAUGUAAAUUAUAAUUAAUAAAC